ACCCGUAGACCGCGGUGCUCGGUAGUUGUUCCGAGCCGUUGGAGUUAUUCCUCGAUUGGCAAUAUAUCUCUGCUAAGCUUUUCUCUCGUCGCCUGAUUUCUUGAGAAGUCGGUAAGCUGUCGGAGACAAUGAGUUCUUCCGAGGAAGUAUCGUGGAUAUCCUGGUUCUGCGGACUACGAGGGAACGAGUUCUUUUGCGAGGUUGAUGAAGACUACAUUCAAGACAAGUUCAACUUGACUGGGCUCAGUGAGCAGGUACCUCACUACAGGCAAGCAUUGGACAUGAUUCUGGACCUUGAGCCAGAUGACGAACUGGACGACAACCCCAAUCAGAGUGAUCUAAUAGAGCAGGCUGCGGAGAUGCUCUAUGGCCUCAUCCAUGCCCGUUACAUUCUCACAAACCGAGGCAUUGCUCUCAUGAUUGAGAAGUACCAAAAUGGAGACUUUGGUUACUGUCCCAGGGUGUACUGUGAAAGUCCAAUGCUCCCAAUUGGGCUUUCGGAUGUACCUGGAGAAGCAAUGGUAAAGUCUUACUGCCCCAAGUGCAUGGAUGUGUAUGGACCUAAGUCAUCUCGGCACCACCACACGGAUGGCGCCUACUUUGGCACAGGCUUCCCUCACAUGCUGUUCAUGGUGCACCCGGAGUACCGUCCCAAGAGCCACCAGUCAUUCGUGCCCCGGUUGUAUGGCUUCAAGAUUCACCCUCUGGCCUACCAACUGCAGCAGCAAGUAGCAGCCAACUUUAAGGCACCGAUUCGUGGCAUGAACUAUGGAAAUGGCAAACGUUGAAGUUCAACUCCACUGACCUCCCUGCAACGCUCACCUCAUGAUGCUUUUGCCACUCCAGCA